CACAUGAAGCAGCACCAUUAAGAAAACAGCAACCAUCAAGAUAUGUUGAUAGAAGAGACUGUUAUGAGUUUUAGAACUUGGGACUUUUCUUACAAUAGCCAACAUUCUGGUAGACAUGAAUUCAUGCGUUUAGGACAGAGCCAAAGAGGCUUUUUAACUCAGACAGUUAUUUUACUGCACUGACUCCACUGAGAUAUUUAUUACACAGGGAAACUAUUACUUAUGAUUUUAUUCUAACCACAAGAGCUGAGCAGAAGUGAUUUAAGGAAAAGUGCAGAAGUCAACUUGUAGCAUCUUGCUAAUAAUUGAAAAUAUGAUUGCAGCUGCUAAUAAGCAACAUGUUCAUUCAUGGGGUAGUGUGUUACCAUCCCGAAGUUGAUUAUUUUCCUAUAACAGCACAUCCUAAAGUGUUUUAUAAUUCCUCUUAUAUAAUUCAUUUAUCAUUAGUCUUAGAUUAUGUCUGCUAUAAGUCCCUGUGAAUGAGCUGAAAUGGGUGUUCAAAGAGUAGUUGACAUGUUGGUUGAGUCAAUUAAUAUGAACAGUCAUGUGAAAAAAUAUGUACACCCCACGGAAAUUUGUUGGCUUUUUUUGACAUAUUUGGACAAGCAAACAUUUGAUCAUCUUUGAAACCAUGCCUAUUAAUAAAGGUGAUACCCUCUAUCAAAUGACACGUACAAUUGACAUUUUGUAGUAAUUUUCACCAUUUAAACUAGUAAAAAAAAACACAUCAGUCACAUGGAAAAGUAAUUACACCCCUACAUUUAUCAUACCUUCAAAUACAUAAAAUUAGAAUCAGGUGUUCAAGACGGUGCCAGUGAUUAGAACCUGCUUAUAGAGUUAGGUUUCUCACGGUGAGCUCACCCCAUGCCUUGCUUUCUCAUUGGCUGUAGCUCGUCGCCGCAAUCACUGCAAGUGACCACACUUUUCACACCACAGGAUGUUGAGUCUCCUGAUAGCUCCAGAUAUUUAGCAUGCCAAAUGUCUGUGUGGCAUUGCCAAUGCCUCUGUGAUAUGUCGACGAGCCUCAGCGGUGCGUUAUUCAGUAGUUCACAUUCAACGAUUGACUGCCGAUUGGCGAGCGCCGAUUGCUUGUCGAGUUGCCUCCAGUCAAAUGAUUUUUGUUGGCGAGCUCUGCGACUUGCAAAUCUUGCUUAAAAUUGUGUAGUGUGAACUAGGCUUAAGUCUUGUAAUUGUGUUAAAAUGCAUGCUUCUACAAUCAAAAAGAGAUUGCACAAAUUUGACCUGCAUGGAAGGCAUGCCAGUGAAAAGCCUUUGCAAGACUACAGUUUGCCAAUGAGAAUAUAGGCAAAGACCAGGCCUUUUGGACAGACAAAUCAAAGAUAUUGUUCAUAGAAUUGCUUGGCCACAGUAACAGCAGACGUUUGGUGCAGACCAGCUUUUCAGGAGAAGCACCCCAUACCAAUUGUAAAGCAUGGUGGUGGAAAUGUUAUGGUUUGCCUCAGGGACUGGACAGCUUGCAUUCAUUGAUUCAACUAUGAAUUCUGCAUCAUAUCAAAGAGUGCUUGAAGAUAUGACAGAUGUGUAAGACAGAUGUGAGGCUAUCUGUCCAAAACUUAAAGCAAACCCACCAAGGAAUGGCUCAGAAAGAAGAAAUGGAGGGUUAUGGAAUGGCCUAAUGAAAGCCCAGAUUUGAAUCCCAUUGAAAUGUUGUGGGGGGAUUUGAAACAUGCAAGUACAUGCAAGGAAACCCUCAAAUAUCUUGCAACUGAAAGAAUAUUCCAUGGAAGAGUGGUCAAAUAUUCCAGGCAAGCCUGACAAUUACACAAAAUGCCUACAAAAAGUUAUUUCUGCUAAAAGGGGACAAUACUAGAUUCUGAAGCCAAGGGUGUACUUACUUUUUCCACAGAAGAAUAUCACAUCUAUUGAUAUUUCUGUUGAAUAAAUGAUUGAAAAACUAAUUUUCCUUGUGGGUUUUGUUCAAUUAUAUCAACUUUAUUAGGCACUGUUAAUGGGUGGCCUAGUCUGAUAAAUCAGGGGUUCCCAGGGCAAGGCCCCCCAAAUGGCAUUAACAUUUGACCGAGGCCCCCCUUUUGCAAGAUGUCUUUAAAACACAUUAAAAAUACAGACUUCUGAAUAUAUCCCCCUUUUUUUUUUAGUAAUUACAUCUUACAUCUUUACAUUACAUUACAUUAGGAAUUGAUUGUGUGUGUGUGGUUGUCUGAGAGUGAGAAUUUCUUUUUCACACCAAAUUGUUGAGGCCUCCCAGGCGCCCCCUGGUGGCCCCCACUUUGAAAACCACUGUGAUAAAUCACAUUUUCUUUUACAUUAUGUAACAGAAGAGCUGGCACCAGGAUGCGUUAUGGGAAGGAGGCAAGUCGGCAGAGGCAGUGUGAUGCUCUGGACAAUGUUCUGCUGGGAUACCUUGGGUCCUGGCAUUCAUGUGGAUGUUACUUUGAAAUGUACCACCUUUGAAAACAUUGUUGCAGACCAAGUACAUCACUUCAUGGCAACAAGGUUCCCUAAUGGCUAUGGCCUCUUUCAAAAAUUGUUCUGGAAUGGUUUGAGGAACAUGGCAAAGAGUUCAAGAUGUUGACUUGGCCUCCAAAUUCCCCAAUCUGAUCAAGCAUCUGUUGGAUGUGCUGGACAAACAAGUCUGAUCCAUGGAGGCCCCACCUUGCAACUUACAGGACUCAAAGGAUCUGCUGCUAACGUCUUGGUGCCAGAUACCACAGCACACCUUCAGAGGUCUUGUGGAGCCCAUGCCUCGAUAGGUCAGAGCUGUUUUGGUGGUACAAGGGGGACCUACACAAUAUUAGGCAGGUGUUUUUAAUGUUAUGGCUGAUAGGUGUACUAUUACACAGUAUUCAUACAAAAUGUUCACACUAUUAAUUUCAGGAUGUGAUCUCUAAGUGCUCUAUUAUUCUCCUUAUUUUAGUGUUGGAAGGUUUGACAUCCUGUUUGGAACACAUUCAGUCUCCAUUGUAAGGAUAAUUAUACUCACAGGAAACAAUUGAGACUGCUGAAGCUUCCUGGCACACUUUACAGAUUUCCUUACACACACACACACACACACACACACACACACACACACAAUGAUUGUACACAUCUAUUUGUAGUCUCUCAUUCCUUCUCUCAUUCAUUUUCAUACUAAUUCAUCCUUUAAAUGUAAGUUUUCAUAAAUUGCAUUAAAAUGUUAAAAGUAUUAUUUACAAUCAUUAAGUUAAGGCAGCAUAUGUUUUUCACUGUGUAUUAUGAUCGAGCUACAUUAAAGGCUCCUGUUUAGCUGUACACCCUUCACACCAUCCAUUAUUUACAUUACUCUUGCUAUGUACUAUUCAUUUUAUUCCUAUUAUAAUACACAGUUCACACUAUACUUUUUUUUUUUUUUUUAACUUUAGUGUGCACACUAUAUACUGCUGUUAUGAUGAUCACUUUUAAAUCCAGAUGUAUUUUUUUCUUCACAUGUGUCAAGCAGAGACAGGGUUUUGAUGCAAGUGCAGGGAGUUUCAGCAGACAGAUUUAGCUAAGGUAGGCUGAACUAGUGAUGGAAGCUUUAGAAUAGGUGAUAUUUACAGAGCCCAACUAGUGAUGGCUUGUUAAGUCCACCUUAAACGAGCAUGUUUUUGACUCAGCCAAUCUCAGGUUGAAUUCACUUUUUCAAAUUACCUUCCUGAAACUAGAGAUGCUAUGCUGGGUACCUUCGCUUCAAAGCUGGGUUCAAGAAUGUAGGGCACUCUCAGAUGAGAGCUUUAUCAUUGCUUGUGUCAUUUUCCUGUAUUGAUGGUUAUUUGUAGCCUCGUUUAGCGAUUGAUUUGAGAAUAAAUGUCCAGGUUUGUUAUGGUUUGUGCCGCUGAUUUGUGCUGGGAACAGGUGAUGUGAUUAUAAGGGCACUAGAAUAAUGUAGCAGAUCAAUUGAUGGGUCAUGUGACUGAGUUUGUAGUUCUUUGUUUGGCUUAAGAUGCUUGAGGUGCUUAUCAAUACUCAAAUUGAUGCUUCCUCAUUUCCUCACUCCUCCGUCCUUCAGACCGUGACCCGGAAAUUGAUCAAGUCAACCAUCUUGAAGAACAUAUCAAUUCUCUGAUUGCACCGUGAGGAGGUGAGGAAUGAGGAAGCUUCCAUAGAAGCUAGGAGCGAGGAUACACAGGUGUAUCCUAUGCGGAAGUGUUUCUUUUCUAAAAAUCUAACGCAUGUAUAAAUUGCCACAAUCUCAAACAAAAAGUCCUUUGAUGAUGUGAUGGAAUCUUGUGUGAAAUAUAAUUCAAUAAUAAUAUGCUUUACGAUGAUGCAUGUCUGGAUAUGCAGGGCGUCCGGUGGCUUAGUGCUUAGCACAUUCGCCUCACACCUCCGGGGUUCGAGUCCCGCCGGGGCCAUGUGUGUGCGGAGUUUGCAUGUUCUCCCUGUGCUGUGGGGGUUUCCUCCGGGUACUCCGGUCUCCUCCCCAGUCCAAAGACAUGCAUGGUAGGCUGAUUGGUGUGUCUAAAGUGUCCAUAGUGUAUGAAUGGGUGUGUAUGUGAUUGUGCCCUGCGAUGGACUGGCACCCUGUCCAGGGUGUACCCUGCCUUGUGCCCGAUGUUCCUGGGAUAGGCUCCAGGUUCCCCGUGACCCUGAAAAGGAGUAAGCGGUAGAAGAUGGAUGGAUGGAUGUUUGGAUAUGCAAAGCUGCACAAAAUAUGUGAUAAAUUAUGUAACCCAGACAUUUCAUGUGCUAUCAGUGCAUUUUGCUUUAUUAAGAAUGUUGUUAUUAACCAAGCUCCAACAACAUAACGACACAUCAAAAAAACAAGCAAAAACGGCAGCUCCCUGAAGCUCAUUGAGAAUGUAAAUCAAUCAUUUCUCAGAUGGAGAACGCUUCCUCAUCAUCCUCCAUUCUCCCUUCCUGCACCUACAGUGAAGAUUUUAAGCGCAUCCUCCUCCCUGUGGUAUACAGUGUUGUCUUCGUCCUAGGCUUGCCACUCAAUUUUGCUGUCAUUCUGCAGUUGUUUGGAAAAAGACGUUCCCUGACUCGGACCAACAUCUACACGCUGAACCUGGCCGCAGCCGACUUCCUGUAUGUGUGCUCUCUUCCUCUGCUCAUCUACAACUACGGCAGUCGAGACUACUGGCCCUUUGGAGAGUUGAUGUGCCGAUGGGUACGUUUCCAGUUCUACAGCAAUCUGCACAGCAGCAUCCUUUUUCUCACCUGCAUCAGCGUCCAGCGCUAUCUGGGCAUCUGCCAUCCGCUGUCCCCGUGGCUCAGAAAAGCAGGACGUAAGCUGGCAUGGGCUGUUUGCGCCAGUGUUUGGGUCAUUGUAGCACUUCUAUGUGCACCUACAUUUGAAUUUGCAGCCAUGGGCAUCCAGAGAAACCGUACCGUGUGCUACGAGUUGAGUCUGCCUGAGCGCUCGCAGCAGUACUACCCAUAUGGCAUGGCCCUCACCUGCCUGGGCUUCCUGUUACCCUUUAUGGUCAUUGUGGUGUUGUACUGCAGGAUGGCACGGGCUCUGUGCCAACCGGGCAACGCCAGUGGUGAAGCAACCAAGGAAAAGAAGUGCAAAGCUGUGAGGAUGAUCGCCAUUGUGGUGCUGGUGUUUGCCGUCAGCUUCCUGCCGUUCCACGUGACCAAAACUAUGUACUUGCUAGUGAGGACCUUGCCUGAUGCUCCAUGCCAGCUCCGGAACUUGUUAUCGGUGGUGUAUAAGAGUACGAGACCCUUUGCCAGCAUGAACAGCGUGCUUGAUCCCAUCCUGUUCUACUUCACACAGCCCAAAUUUAGACGUGGCACACGCAACCUGCUGCUCAGGAUCUCUACAUUUAGAGACAGCAAACCAAAAGAAAGAACACAAGAUCUAUUAAACAAAAAAUCAUGAAGGGUAUGAAAUAAUAAAGCAUGUUCCCACCAAGGUUCAUUACCUACUGAGGAAGAGUUCCAGAACUAUCCUAUGUGAGAACAUCUUCAUUCCUGACCGUAAUGAAAUAAAUGACGUAAACAGUAUAAUGACAUUUCACCACACAGCAAAAUUAAAAUAAAACAAUGUACAUGAAUUAUGAGUAAAGUACAGAAAUUAGCAAUGCAUUUAAAAUGGAAAAAACCCUACAUAUUCUUUCCUUCAUUAAAACACUAAAAUAUACAUAAUGACUCUGCAAAUUUCUGCAAUGUUUGCCAUCUCCCUUAAGUUUGCUGCCACAAGUGUAUUAUUAAUUAAUAAUUAUUAUCAUAAUUAAUCACAUUUUCCAUGAAGUCAACAUAACAUCUCAAUCUCCAUUAAUCACAAUCCUAGCCAUGUUCUAAUAAGUCCACAGUCCACAGAUACUCACACACAAACAUUCUCUAUGAUCACAAAAUCAUGAGGACAGAAUAUAAAGGUUUAAAUGUCUAAAUCUAUUUUCAUAAUCUUAUGUGUGGAGUACAGUUUCCUGUGAAACAGGAAAGUCCUUCAUUGGCUGUGUAAGAAUUAUGCUUCUGAAGUCAGUCAUAUAUUUAUAAAAGUUAUUCAUACUUGUAAUAUAUACCAUACUUCUCCAUACUUACCCUGUCCAGGAUGUACCCUGCCUUGUGCCCGAUGCUUCCUGGGAUAGGCUCCAGGUUCCCCUGCGACCCUGAAAAGGAGUAAGUGGUUGAAGAUGGAUGGAUGGACUUCUCCAUACUUCAGAAUCAUUUCUCACCAGUUUUUUUUAGCAUGUGUAUAAUAUUGAUGGUAACCAGAAGGAAUGCAGAGUAAGAAUUAAAUUUUUUUU